AGUCGCUACCGCCAGCUCAGCGGCUCGGACUCACGGACGCGGCUCUAGCAGUUCACCGCAAGAAGCUGACUCCGGGCGCCGCCGCCCGCACGCCCGCUGCCCGUCGCCCGGUUCAUCCAUGAGCUCAGAUUUCCCACAUUAUAACUUCAGGAUGCCUAAUAUUGGAUUCCAGAAUCUGCCUCUCAACAUCUAUAUCGUGGUUUUUGGCACUGCUGUGUUUGUCUUCAUCCUUAGUUUACUCUUCUGUUGCUACUUGAUUAGGCUGAGACAUCAAGCACACAAAGAAUUUUAUGCCUACAAACAGGUUAUAUUAAAAGAAAAAGUAAAAGAACUUAAUCUACAUGAGCUCUGUGCUGUGUGUCUAGAAGACUUCAAGCCUAGAGAUGAACUGGGUAUUUGCCCAUGUAAGCAUGCCUUCCACAGAAAGUGCCUUGUUAAGUGGCUGGAAGUCCGGAAAGUGUGUCCCCUGUGCAACAUGCCGGUGCUGCAGCUGGCCCAAUUGCACAGUAAACAGGACCGCGGUCCCCCUCAGGAGCCCCUCCCUGGGGCAGAGAAUAUUGUAUAGCUUGCUGCAAGGAUCAGACUGUUGCUGGACACAUCAGUAUGGAGCCAGGAGGAACACAAGCAGACUCCGUUUUGGCUGCUCUCUGCCUGGGGCACCCACUGUCACUUCCUUUGCCUCAUGAAGAACUCUUGAGCCAGGCAAGCUGAGACCCCAGGCAUCUGGAUCUUGUGACAACCAAAGCACCCUGACAUUACCCAACGCCAAAAGGAGUGGAUGAGCCUGCAGAUUUGGUUUCAGAAGUUUCCUGAGCAUCGCCUGUGUCUCCCAGGCAUCUCCACAUCAAACAAAAGGGAAGAUAAGCACAGGUGUUAGAGAGCAGAGCUGUGAAUGUGGCUUUGAUGCCAUCCCACCUGUGGACCUGUAAGCUGCUGUGCAGACUUGACAGCCUGUUGCCGCCACAUGUCCUCUUGACAUCCGAGUCUAGUGAAGCCAGUUGUUCCAUCAGCUGAAGCAAAACUGGCUGUCAGUAUUUGGUGAGGCAGCCCUGCAAGGCUUUUCGGGUUCUGUUCUUUUAAUAAGGCCAUCUUGGAACCUGAAGACUUUGGGGACAGCAGCAGCAGAACCCCUGCCACACGUGCCAGUUCACACUUGCUGUCAAACCUUCCAGGUUGAAGCCAUUGGAAACAUUUGGAAAGGCCUGGUCAGGAGCCAUCCCACUUCCGUUUGCCCUCCUAGUCAUCAGUAAGACCCAGCAGGAGCUUAAUCCUGAACCUCCAUGGUCCCUGUGUAACCCAGGGGCCAGAGUACUGCUCAAGUAUACCACAAGUGUAGUGUGAUUCCAUUACAGCUGCUGGCCUCAGCCCACUGGCUAAGGAGUGUCUCUUGGCCCCUCAGAUGGCUCCAACGAAGAGCCUCUUAGCAAAGCCAGUCCUCACCCACCAGGACGGCCAGGGCAGACACUUUGGCUUCUCUCCUCUGCUCUUUUUCUACAUAAGAAAAAUGUCUUACUGCAUUUUUAAACAUUUAUCCCAAAUCAGCUCCCUGUAAUUCCGAAGCCAGCAAGCCACUUGGAGUUGUAAAUAGUUUGAGGAAGCUCCCGCAUGGCUGGCCUUCUGUUGGUGUGUACCUCAGUUCUAUGGACUUGAGAUCCCUAACUGAAGGGGUUUUUAUAGGGAAAAUGCAUGCUGCUCUUUGGCUCUUUCUGUCCAACUUUUCUAGAGAUAACUGCCUCCAAUAGGCUUUGUGAACAGUGUAAAUUCGCCGUGUAAAGCACAGACUCUUAUUCUUACAUAGCUUGCUCUCCCUUCCCUUGUCACAACAGUGCCACUGCAAUGCCUCUUCAACUGCUCUGCUCUGCUCCAUCCCACAGGUGUGAGGAAAUGUUUUCAUGAAGUACAUUCUGGCAUGGAGAUGGAGGGCUUUGCUACUCUGUUCUUGGAUUAGAAUCCUUACUUAGAAUAAGAGGGGACCUGCCUUUGCCUCCAGUAGCUGGGAUCAGUUGAGGAAGAAAAUUCCAAUUUGUCUAAAAAGUGCUGUGGAAGCCAAGUUGUGGCAGUAUACAUCUGUAUAGUCCCAGCUGAGGCAGGCAGUGUCACAAGUUUGAAACCAGACUUGGCUUCAUAGUGAGAUCCUCUUGCAAAAGGAGGCAGCAGGGGUAAGAAUAGGGGCUCUUGGCAGAGUCCAUAUGGAAAAUUACAAAUCCAGUUGGAAAGAAUAAGCUGUUCCCAGUGUGCUCUGUGACCAGCCAGCUGGAUUCCUAUGCAGGGCAAGGGAGUGUGAAACUUUCUAUGGGAGCCUUAGCUUGAUUGACUCCAGUAAUUCAUACCUAUGUCCCUCUUUGCAGUACCAUAGUCAAAUGCCCACACUCAGUUUACAGUGAAAUGUUCUCAAGUGACUAACGCCACAAGUGGGCUUCUCCUGGCUUAGUUUUGUUAUAGGCUAGCAUCUAGCAUUUCAUAUUGCAUAACUGGAUACAAUAAGGAAAUCCCCCCUUAAAGAUUUCAAUAUGAUCGAUACUAUAAAUUAUUGCCACUCACAGCUUUCAUAGAAUCUUGGCCUUUAGUUUUAGCUGCGGCUUCUCCUGUCCUUGGAUUCAACCACUCAAAAGCCAGCAUCACCAAAGCCCCGUAUUUCUAGAGGCAAGAUUGCUCAUUAGACUUGCAGAUAGGUUGAGGUGGUUGGUGUGCAACCUGAAUAGUCAGGGGCAUUGGAAGAAUCCUGGGUGCUUUGCUCUGCUCAACCUGAAUGAGGUCUCCUAACCUUUUCUGCUCAGCCACUCUUAAUGUGAUUUCUUCCCAAAAGGCAUUCCUUGGGCUGGAAGCUGCAGCUGCAAAGUAUGUUUCUCAUCUCCCUUCUUGGCCACUGCUCCCACUUCUGGCACCUGCCAGCCACAGCAACCCAAUAUUUGCUCCUGAUGUCUGGGUCCCCCCUCAGUGCUUCCUCUGUAUCUGCAGCAUUGGCCCAAACUUACAAUGAGAUCACUCUUUCCACACCAUUCCUAAGUUUCUGGUAACCUUUUGUGUGGAUGUGUGAGGAUUUGGGUCUACUCUCAAGACCACUGAACUCUUAUGUGUCUUUAAGUAGCUAGAGGAUUGGGUGUCACUGUGGACUGUAGUGUUAGAAGUGGAACAAAACCUAUCUAUCCUACCUGGGUCACUGUAACAUAAAAAAAUUGACACCUGCAGCUUUUCUUUGUCAAGUGUAAUUUAGUUUGGCCUAUUCCUAUUUAAGGUUCUUUUAACAUGUACUUGCCUAACCAGGAAGUAGAACAAAACAGCCAUGUAGGGACAGGUAGCCUCUGGGCGAGAUCUGUGCUGAGGAACAAGGGGCCUCCCACCAUUGCCAAACACUGUUCUUGACAAGACUUGACAAAAAGAUCUUUCCCAUGGCUCUGUUCCACAGCAUGCUAUCUCUAACUUGGAAUAGCCACUCUAAGCUGUGCUAAAUACCUACAACACCUACUUUCUGAGAAUUUGAGACUAUAUAGAGACGUUCCUGAGAGCUCUAUACAGAAAUGCUUGGACUAGUUUGAAUUGGUUACUUGUGCUUUUCUGUAGGUCAAUCUCUCAGACCCUCCUUUCUUUAGCCACCACCUAGGAACUAGCAAGGUUUCUAGAUGAUCUGCCAGUCCAGUCUGGUAGGCACAGGCACAGGGGAGCAGGAGCUGCUGAUAGCACAUACCUUCCUGGUCACAAACUCAGGAACUUCUGAACUAUGGGACUAACUCCUGGCUCCACCACAGUCUCUCUUUGAGACAGGUUCUGUGUACUCCCAGUUAUUCUGAAACUGUAUAGACCAGGCUGGCCUCAAAAUCAGAAAUCCAGGGCCUUCUGCCUCUGCUACAAUUAAAGGCAGAGCACCAUGCCGAGCCUCCACAUUGAAUCUUGACUUGCUCAGUCUUCCUUGAGUCUUUGAAUAGGUAAUCCUUAUAAAAUUCACACAUCACAAUAGUUGCCUUCCUUGAAAAACUAUCCCAUGAGCACUGGAUUCAUUUUUGUUUCUUUAGUCUCCUUUUAUGGGAAUGUGGGGUGGGGGUGGGGGCAGAGGCUAUACAGAGAGCUUACCCAGAAGUGUAUUGAGUGUAUUGUGUGUGAAAGGUAAGCCUGAAGUAGAGGUUUUUGCAUUUACAUUCCUUUUUAUAUGGCUUCCUUCACAGAUCCAUCCCUCAGUAUCCCUAAUAAAACAGCACAGCUGCUUCCCCUACCUUCUCCAGGAUGACAAAAGCUUGCCCCCCAGUCCUAAUCAGUCUCUCCAGGUGCCUGGACCAGCUGCCAUCUUCCUCCCUCUCCUUAGUUGGUGCCUGUGCUUUUGAAGCAGGAAAGCAUGUAGUAAGAGAUCUCUUAAGUCCCCAGGGCUAACAGUCAUUCUGCAAAUGAGACAUAGAAGCAAAUACUUUGUAUAGAAUUUUCCCACACCCAACUCUUUUUUGCCCUCUCCCCUUCUAAGGUAAAAGUUCUCCUUCAGGCAGCCAGUGAGGGAGAAAGCAUACCUGUACCUUGCUCUCCAGCAUCCACCACCCAAGGUCUCCCCUACUCACCUGCUUCCCUGCAGCCUAAGCUGCAGCCAGUGGGUAAGGAGGAGACUCGCCCCUUUGGCACUUCAUCGACUCUAGCCUGGUUAAUCUUCCCUGAUAAGAACCUCCUGAGGAGCUGGUGAGAUUGUUCAGUGGCUCAGAGCACUGGCCGCUCUUCCGAUGACCCAGGUUCAGCUCAUAGAACCCACCUUGUGACCCUCAGCUUCAAUCUGUAACUUCAGUUACAGAUCUGGCAUCUGAGUGUACCAGGUGCAAACAUGUACAUGCAAGCAAACACUCAUACACAUAAAAAUAAAUUUUUAUUUUUAAAAAAUUGCUUAAAUGGGACCAUCAAAGUAUUUAACUUAAUCUUAGAGGUAGGGACCUAAAAUGCCAGGUAAAGGUUUUUUAAAUAAGAUUAACAGGACCUAUCAGUUUUCAAGUUCAGCUUUAGAACCCAAAUUAUUUCAAGAUGCUUUUAUUCCAGUUAGCUCAGCACGUAUCCAAAUUCUUCGUUCCUUUGUUCACAGGAUCAGGAAAAGCUACCCCUGCUGUUUCAAAGACACGCUGUAGCUCAGAUCAUGACCUCACCAGUGUUAAGGGACUCAUGUGGUUGAACCCUCAGCGCCGUCCAUGCCUCUCCUUCCAGGCUGUGGUGGAGAAUGUGACGGCUUGGGGCCAUUGCCUCUGUCUGAGGACAUGUCCAGGAAGGUGGAGGAAUGGCACUUUAGUCUUGUCGUUUAGCCCUAUGGGGCUUAUUUACUAGAUAUAACUCCCUCAAAAAAGGUUUAUGAAAUGCUGAGCCUCAGGUUUCAUAGACGUGUUUGUACACUAAGAAUUCUGCAGCAGAAUAUUUUUAAACAUUGGUUUUUGUAAGCUAUAUUUUUGUAUAUUUAAUUGCUAUUUUAAAACUUUAAUGCAUUUUUUGCUAAUCACUUGUUUAAAAAUAAAACAUGCAUGUAAUCGACCCAAACGUGUAAAUAAAGAGCAAAUUUUGAAAUACUUUGUAUUUGGACCUGUCAACUUUUGCACUAGGGCGAGGUAAGGUGUGGCACACUGAUGGGGGAAAGGCAUCAGGCCACACCACACCAUGCAUUGCAUUUGUGGUGGCUUGAUGUAUAUAGCUUUGUCCUUUGACAGUCUGCCACAUUCCCAGAACUUGCCCUAACCCUAAUGCCAGGUGGUGAGCGGCUCUGAACUCAGCUUUAGCCCAUGGCUUCACCAAGGCACACGUAACCCUGGAGCUACCUCCAAGCAACCUUGUAACCCAUCUCUAUAACCGUUUGCUCUUGGACUCCCGGAUCCCUGUACCCCAGGUUGUUUUCCCUGUAACCUGCUCCUUCACUGCCGAUUAUUAUUAUUUUCUUGUGCUCUGGGGUUCACUAACUCCUCCCACAAAUAAAUACAUCCUCUGCGUUGUCUCUGA